GAAACCUGGGCAUGAAGCAUAUGGUCCAAGAGGGAGUUUGGUAACAUCAGUAAAAAAAAAAAAAGAGUAAAAAAGACAUGAAAGCAGAGGUGGAAGAGAGAGGACACUGGGCGAGCAAGGUGGAGUUUCUCCUGGCUGUGGCAGGAAAUGUGGUCGGCCUGGGCAAUGUGUGGAGGUUUCCUUAUCUGUGUUACAAAAAUGGUGGGGGUGCCUUCUUGGUGCCAUAUCUAGUAUUUGUGGUGACCUGUGGCGUACCCCUGUUUCUACUGGAGACCACAGUAGGUCAGUACACCCAGGAGGGCGGCGUCACCUGCUGGAGGAAGUUAUGCCCACUGGCAGAAGGUAUAGGCUAUGGUGGACAGUUGAUCCUCCUCUACAGCUGUAUGACGUACAUCAUUAUUCUGUCCUGGGCUUUGCUCUACCUCAUCUUCUCCUUCAGUCCUCAGCUCCCCUGGGCCAGCUGCAACAACUACUGGAACACAGAUGACUGUGUCGACUUUUCAACUAGAAAUGGCACCAUCCAGUGGACCAACCAGACAAACCCCACAUCUGCAGCCACAGAAUUCUGGGAACGGCGAGUGCUGGCUAUCUCAGGAGGCAUUGAGGAGACAGGCAGUAUCAGGUGGGAGAUCCUGUUGUGCCUCAUCGUUAUGUGGAUCAUCUGCUAUUUUUGCAUCUGGAAAGGGGUCAAGUCCACAGGAAAGGUGGUAUAUGUCACUGCUACCUUCCCCUAUGUGAUGCUGUUAAUUCUUUUGAUCCGUGGACUCUCUCUUCCUGGUGCACUACAAGGAGUGGUGUUUUAUCUUCUGCCAGAAGCCUCAAGGCUCACAGACCCUCAAGUGUGGAUGGAGGCCGGGGCUCAGAUCUUCUUUUCGUACAGCAUUGGCGUGGGCUCCUUGACUGUGCUGGGCAGCUACAACAAAUACAACAACAACUGCUACAAAGACUGCCUGUGGCUGUGCUUGCUGAACAGUGGUACCAGCGUCGUGGCCGGGUUUGCUGUCUUCUCUGUGCUGGGCUUCAUGGCUCAUGAGCAGGGAGUUCCCAUUGAAGAAGUAGCAGAGUCAGGUCCAGGCUUGGCGUUCAUUGCGUACCCUCAGGCUGUGGCCAUGAUGCCUCUGCCUCAACUGUGGUCCAUCUGUUUCUUUGUCAUGCUCAUUCUCUUGGGCCUGGACACACAAUUUGUCGCCAUGGAGGUGGUGAUGACAUCCGUCAUUGACAUGUUCCCCAAAGUAAUGCGCAGGGCAGGCCGACGAGAGAGAUUCCUCCUCCUCUUCUGCCUAAUAUGUUUCUUCUCUCAGCUUGUCAUGAUCACUGAGGGAGGGAUGUAUGUGUUCCAGAUGUUUGACUACUACGCUUGUAACGGAGCCUGCAUCCUCUUCCUCUGUGUGUUUGAAACUCUGGCACUGGCUUGGAUAUUUGGAGCAGAUCGGGUCUAUGGCAUCAUUAAGGACAUGACGGGGGUGAACGCUAACCCCUUGUUUAAAAUCUGCUGGCUCUACCUUACACCACUGGUCUCACUGGGCUCUUUCAUAUGUUCUUUAGUCGAGUACCAACCACUGACCUUUAAUCGCUGGUACGUGUACCCAGACUGGGCGUACGUGUUGGGCUGGAUCUUAGCCCUCUCAUCCAUCCUUCUUGUGCCAGGAUGGGCACUAUAUAAGCUGGGAACUGGGACCGGGACCCUCACUCAGCGUAUCCAUCACCUGUGCCAACCUAACCUUGAAGGAUGCAUGACCCAAAAGAAAGAAACUGAGCUGCAGAACAUCGAGAUGCAGCACCUGCAACAUCUGACUACGAACUGAAUGUCAAACGUCAUCUGAACUCUUCUCCCGCACUUUUGUGUCCAACAACAGCGUGGACUGUGCUUUUUUGAAUGUAUGUAAUUAAACAUCUUAAAC